AUUGUGGUGCUGCACCGCCCGAAAAGCCCGAUCGAGGAAGUUUUGUAACAGUAAACAAAACGUGAAGCUGAAGUGAAAGUAACAGACAAGAAAGACGAUCUGUUUUCCUACUAUAAUUUGUUUCCCAACCACUAGGACUGACGUGUACUUUGGCCGACAGUAGGAUGUGCCCCAUGCCCUCCUUCAUCAAAUGAAAGCUCUUCUGUAAAAGAGGGGAAAAAGAUCAGCAGAGUUGUGUCUGCUGUGACACUGUAACGUUGUUUGAUGCGAUCUUUAAAUCUGCUGCUUUCUGUCUUUGAAAACGAACCUGCAGUGACAUUUCCCCAGCACUACAUGAUUUUCUCAGGACUUUGGACAGGAAAACACCGAUACUGAGUGGAAGACAUCAAAGAAUUAACAAGUACUUCCGGUAGAGAGGUAGUUUGAGGAAGGGGUGGUGUUUAUUAGGAAACGAAGUCAGAUUUUUCUUGGUGUCUGUUUAUAACCCAUAUCACGCAUGAUUUCAGUGAAAACUUGACUUUACAGCUUGCAUGCUCUUUAAUUGUGAACAAGAUUCCACGAAUCAUCGAGAAAAAAAACCUUGAAAUUUUGUCGCUUGCAAUGUUGCAUGCGUGUUAUAUCUCAUCACUACAUCAUUAGUUCGUGAAUCAUCAUGUGUCAAUGAAGAAAGCUUUUUUGUUUUAGUAGCUCUUAACACUUUCCAUAGAAAUACAAACCAGUGAAGCACGAGCUCUUCAAUAACAUUAAUAUUCAGCAGCAGUUUGACUUUGCUAUCUUUGUACAAAAAGUCCCGCGAAAGUGAUAACAGAUGACAUUAACGGCGAAUUAAAAAAAUGGAAAAUAGUUUGGUAUUGGUGACUAGCAAAAAUAGUGGAGAGAUAGGAUCUUGCAUCGUUUUCUGAAAACUGCAUGACCUAAGCAAAGCUGCAUUUGCUUGAAAUAAUUUUAAGUCGGCUACUGUGCAGUAAGCGUGGACCGAGCAGAAAAGUGUUGAUUCGGAGAAAGUACCAAGAAGUAUCAGUAAGGUGUAACAAUGACAGAUGUGACAGAUAUUAACCGUAGCGAUGACAACAGUGGUGGAAAGUCAAAGUUAAAUCCAUCAGGAGAGGCAGGAGCUGUGCCACGAUUGUCAGAAAUGGCAGGUGUAGAUUCUGGACUUUUCACAAGUACAGAUGAGCCAGAGCUGGAAUUUGAUGAAGGUGGUCUAGAGUUAUCAUCAGCAAAGGAAGUUGAGUUAUGGGACAACUCUGCGGAUGAGGUGUAUGAUGGCAGUGAAGGCAUUGAAGAAGAUGGAGAUGAAAGUCACAACUAUACAGUUCACCUUCCCACGCUACCUUGGGAGUUUGAACUGGCCAAAGAAGGAGAGGGGGGCGCAUUCCGUGGUGGGGCCAUAACUCCUGAUGGGCUUAUUGAUGAAGAUUUUGAAGCAGAGUUAGGAACACCUCCAGAUGAAGAAGAACAGAGUGAAUUUGGGGAUGUAGAGAAAUAUGGCAUUGUGGAAGUGGCAGGUGAUGACUUGUAUGGAAGGAAAGUCAUUGUAUUCUCUGCCUGCAAAUUGCCUUCCAAUAAAAGCUUUGACCACCAGCGUCUGCUGCAAUAUAUCAAGCACACACUUGACAAAUAUGUGGAACAAGACUAUGUAUUAGUCUAUUUCCACUUUGGCCUCAACUCUCGCAACAAACCAAAACUGUCUUGGCUUCUUCAGGCAUAUCGUGAAUUUGACAGAAAAUACAAGAAAAACUUGAAGACAUUGUACUUGGUGCACCCCACCAACUUCAUUAAAAUAUUAUGGAACAUCUUUCGACCUUUCAUCAGUGUAAAGUUUGGCAAGAAGCUGAUGUAUGUAAACUACCUUGUGGAGCUGAAAAACCAUCUGCCAUUUGAUCAACUCACUGUUCCUCAGCCUGUACUUGAGUUUGAUGCUAAAAAGGCUGCAGCCAGCAAACUUCAGUACCCCUAUGAGACAGGACGUGAUGGGCCUAAGAAAACACAGCAGUUUGGUGUGACACUGCAGUUCAUCAAAACAAAUUCUGGACAAGCUAUGCCCCUUGUGGUGGAACAGACAAUUGCUUACAUGAAGGAAAAUAAAGCUGAUGAAGUAGAAGGAAUUUUCCGACGCUGUGCCACACUGACCACACUGCAGGAAGUUCAGAAGAAAUACGAUAAUGGUGAGGUGGUAAACUUUGCGGAUUAUGGUGAUGUGCAUGUGCCUGCUGCAACAUUGAAAAAGUUUCUUCGAGAACUGCAAGAACCUCUCAUGACCUAUGACUUGUUUGAACCCAUCACACGUCUUCAUUUACAUGAUAUUCCAAAGCAAUUGACAGAAGUACAGAGAAUGCUGCAGGAUGAAUUACCAGAAGACAACUACAACAUUCUCAAGACUAUUGUCCAGUUCCUAGUAGAUAUUUCUGUCAAGGCAGAUGUGAACAAGAUGUCUCCAGCUAACAUUGCCACAGUCUUUGGGCCUAACCUGGCAUGGUCCAAAGGGCAAGCUAAACUGUCAACAGUUGAACCUGUCAUACGUUUCACACAACUUCUGAUUGAGCACUUUGAUGAUGUGUUUCUGAGGUGACUUUUCCCUGACCUAAAUCUAUCAUGACCAUAACCUUCUUGUUCUGACCUCAGGUAUAAGUUUCUGUCAAGUCAUAUUUUGUGUUGACUCUGCCAUUGUGGACAAUGAGGAGGCAGCUAAAGUUGUUUAUACUGAACCUUGCCUGUGAGAACACUUGUCCACAAGUUUUUGAUUGUGGUGUCUUGUGAUUCAUGUAAUUGAGUUCUUUCAUAGAGACACACAGCCACAAGGCAUAGUUCUUCAAAGUACUGUUGGAUUAUAAAAGUUAUAGAUUAUGCUUUUAAAACUGCAGCAUUCUGGCAGUGUACAAAUCGUUGGAUUAUGAGAGUUAUGGACCUUUCUAUUAAAGCUGUGGAAUUCUAACAGUUUACAAACUGUUGGAGUACAGAAGUUAUGGAUAUUGCUGUUAAAAUUAUGGUAUUUUGACAGUUUAAUGUCAAACAUACAGUUGCAACCAGGCGUUCACAGAUACACGAAGGUGCACAUAAAGUGGAAAAAGGAAGGUUAGUGUAUUGACUGCUAUAUCAACUGAACUGCAUAACUGCUAUUUCUGCACCCUGCGUUUGGGAUUACAGAAUGUUUAGCUAGUCAUUUGUAUGAUCUAAGUCUGUUUUGUCUGCUUUUUUUUUUUAGCAACUGACAGUGAAAAUAAUAGGUAUAAAUAAAAUCAUUGAUGGUCCUGGGGGAUGACUGUGCCAUUUGUGAACUAAUUCCAGGUUGUACACCAACCAUGAGUCAGCUGUUGGGCUAAUGACAGCAUACAUAGAUGAUGUGCCAUAAAAUCCCCACUAUAAAAGCAAGCAUAUAUUAUUGUGCAAAAAAGUCACCCAUGUUUGAUGAUAAAGUUAUUACAGUCAAUUAUGCUUACAAAUUGUGGGAAUAAUAAUAUAUUUAAAAAGCAUCAGUACUGCAUUGGCCAUUGGCAGUAGUGACAACAUGUGCUGUAAACAGAUUGACAUAUAUUUAGAUCGGGUUUUUUUUCCUUAAUGGGUUUUUUGGUGCCACAUGCUAGGCAUUGUGUGUAGUUAUACUGUCUUGGCCCAGUAUGCAGUUCCAGUUACUUUGUUGAAGCAGCUUUCUUUCAAAUGUCUCUUACAAGAUCUCUGUGAUCUUGUGUGGUCAGGGUAUCAAGGAGAAGCUCUUGUUUGUUGUAUUUGUUCUUAAACUUCUCGAAGUGAAAGCCAUAGUCAGUGCAGUAAAAUAAUCAUCACUUACCUGUUGAGAAGGUUAUUUUCAGUCAUAGCAAAACAUGUACAAGCCCAUAACCAAACCUUUUAUUUAUGAUUAACAGAGAGUGGAAUAAUGCACUUGAGCUCGACAAGUUUUUCAGAAACUUUUUGUGAGUAUAGGUAAAUAUGGCUGGGCCAUAAGAACAGAUUUCAGUCGAUUGUGGCAUAUUUGGGUUGCAAGUUAACAUGUCACUUUUUUUUGUCAAUAUCUAAGAGCUGUGAUAUGUGUCUAUGUCCCAUGGAAAUGCCUUUACUUUAAAGCUCAUGAUCAGGAGCAAUGUGGAGGUUAAAUCUGAAGGCAUUCUGUUUCUGCAGGAAUAAAACUAAAGCCUUGUAUGUUGACAGUGUGUAUGUAUCCUUUCAUGUAUAUGCUGGUGCCACUUUUCAUAUUCUUCACUUGCAUCUUCAAAGAUCACCCUAUCUUGACAGCAGCACUUUAGAAUUCUAAUGUUAUUUUCUCUGGGUGAUGUAGCUAUGCAUUCUAAUUCUGUGUUUAUUUUUGUAGUUGUUUUGCUGCUUACCUUCGAAAGUUACUAUGAUUUCCACUUCAUGCAGCUACUUCAGCUAUUUCAUAUUCUUUAUGUCAAAACCUUCUGUUGCUUCUUUGGCUGUGAAUCAUUGUUAUGGGAAUAUCCUUCGCUUAUUUUUGUUUCUUUCGAGAUAAUUAUCACUUCAUAUUCUUGGCAUAAUCUUUUGCAGUUUGCUUUCCUUUGACCAGCACCUGAGAUUUGGGGGGCGUACAUGUAAAGUGCACCAUUUUUCUCACCAAUUAUUUCAAUGUAAUUGUAUGUAGAGGCAGUAGUUAAUCAAAUUGUGAUGUCUGCUUGUUUUAGAUGUUCUUCGGCUGACCCACUAAAAAGAAGACAAAUGCCACACACUCAAAAUUUUUAUAUCAUUCUCAAGUCAUUCUAAUUGUAGUAUUUUGUAAAAUGUGGAAAUGCCUAUAAUCAUCACCUUAAAGGCAGAGCUUUCACCUUCCAACAGGAAGGGAUGGAUUUGAUCUGACAGAGGAAUAUGAGAGUACUUUUGGGGCCAGAAGUAAGCAGUUAGUGAAGAAUAACCACUAGGGUAGCCGGCACUGUGUGUGAUCAUCACCUCUUUCCGUAGGCCAUAACACCCUUUUAAUAUAUUAUGGACCCUGUUAUAUUAUCCUUUUUCUUUCUGUUGGAUUAUAUUAGUUGUGGUGUUAUUGUAUAACAUGGGGAUCUUAUUUUUCACCCUUUUAGUGUAACCUCAUUCCAUGAUUUAGCCUUAGUUGCUGACAUGGCAUAAAACUCAACCAACCAGCCAAACAACCAACCAACCUUGGUUCAAACCAUUCUUUUCCGCCAGUCCAGUGCAGGUAACUGUUCAGUGACCGCUAUUGUAUCUGUGAAGUUCAAUCACUUUUGAAAGCCAGAUUCUACUCGACACUACAGCUUUGUAUCGAAAAAUUCAGUAGGAUGUUACGUUUAUUUUUUUUUAGCAUGGAUAAGUUGUACUAAAGCCAUUUAGAACAUAUUAAAUAAAAUUAUUUAUAAAGGAGUGCUGGAUAAAGUGUCAUUUACUUGCAUGUAAUACUCAUCAGCACAUAGUAACAGAAUUUCAUGAGAUUCUAAAUGAUGUCAUGAAAUGGUGGUGGAUAUUAUAUGUUUACUUCUUUUUUGCUGUUUCAUUCCAUGUUUUUCUAAAACUGAGAUAUCGUGCAAUAAUGAUGCUGUCAACGAUAAAUCAUGUAGUUUUUGUUGUUCCCCAUCUCACAACUUUCCUGUUAACCUCCUUGGUCCUUUACUGGUUGCUAUGCAAUUUUUUUUUUAAAUUAGUUCUUUUUUUUAAAUAAUGGAUUAUUGCACUCAGAUUCAAGGUGCAUUGAAAAUGAUUGCAAGUAAGAUUUCUUAUAAAUAUCUCUUUUAGGCUGCAGAGAUGGGAAGAAAAUUGGUAAUGUAAAAUAUUGUACCUAUUCAGAACAAUGUAUAACAUUUAAAGUUUGAAAAAAUUUUCAAGCUAUUCAGAAGAGUUGGCUAAGCAAGACAGAAAUUUUGUUUAAUGAUAAUGACACAUGGAGUGUGCACAUACACCUAUGCACAUGCAUGCAGAAAUAUGUGAAGUGUGUGCAUAAAUGUAGGCGUGCACACAUGCAGUAAUGUAUGCACAUGCAUAAAUAUACACUUGUUAUGUAUAUAUCUUGUAUAAAGCAUUCAACCUACCUAUACAGCUGACUUGUGUAAAUGUACAAAUCCUUAAUUGUUCCAAAAAUAAACAUUCCUUAUUGUAUAUUUUAGUUGUUUUUUAUGGAUAUAUAUAUAUUAUGCAUAUAUAUAUAAUGUAUAUAAACUGGUAAGUAGCAGUAAACAAGCCUUGUAAGCUAAGAUUGUUACAGAGCAGCAACAGAUGUUGGGGCAAUUUUUGUUUAAAGAAAUGCAAGAGACAUUUUUCACUAGCAUCUGACAAAUGUUAAACUUGCAAUAUCAAACAAGGAAGUGUGUUUUUUCUUAGUUACAAUUCCUACAGUUAUAGCUUGUAUAUGAAAGCGUCAUCUAUCUCAUUAUUUCUGUACAGUUUAGAUGACUUAAAGAAGAAAGAAUGGGUCUCUCGAGAAAACUAUUUAUCUGGAAUGAAAACAAACCAGACAAGAUUUUAAUGUAUGUUUAAAUUGUUUUAGGUGAUCAUCAGUUUUGAAAAUGAUUUUGAAUGAAGUGCAAGGAUGCACCAUUUAUUUAUUUAUUUAUUUUUAUGUUGAAACAUCUCUUUUUGCAGAGUUCUGAGGUUCUUUUCACUUUACAAUUUUUGAGGGGAGAGAAUGAAAGAGAACAAAGGACUAGGUUUCACUAACUGGUUGUCUUAUUGGAAGUUUUAUAGAUAGCUGUUUGACGUUGAAACUAUUUCAUUAUCAGAUCUUCACCAACUGCAUGAAGACAUUGUCAAAGAUGAAGUAUAUUAAGAAAGAUGGAUUUUUUUUUACAUUUUAUUGCAAAACUCAACAUUGUCUAACAGAUUUUUGAAACUUUGAGUAUAAAGAAUGGAGAGAGUGGUGAUUGAAAGGGUUGAGGUGGGGGAAGAAUUUUAUAGUUUAAAAUGAUAGCAGAUUUUCUGUCCUCUGUAACCCUAAACUUUUAAAAUUAUCACUGUGGACAUAAAUCAAUGAUGAAGAUAGUAGGAGGACAGAAAUGCUACAUGCAAAAAAGAGGGAGAGCUUUGUUCACUAAUCACUUGGAAUAGUUUCCCCUUUUUAAAGUCUUCUUAAAAAGCUAUAAUGCAACCAUCAAUGUUUAUGUCUGGACUGCUGUCUGUUUGCCAAGACCAACACCAAGUCUUGCAUGAAAUUGUAGGCUGUCAGGUCUUGGCGAACCAUUUAGUAGCUUAAUAUCAAAACCACAAUAAAAUUCUUAGUCAGCAAUAGACUUGCAGUAAAUUUUGCUACUUAUUUUUUAUUUCCUUUUUGGAAAAAGUCCUUGACCUCCACUUUCCAUGACUUAAAGCCAAUAAACUGAAAACACUACAGACCAUAAAGCUUGAGAGUUUGCAUCAUCUGCUCUUAUUCUUGCUGUUGAUUUGUAAAACCUCGUCUGUCCUUGUUCUAGAAGUUAAUGCAGACAAUUCAUCUUCAAGCAGUCCAGCUAACUCUUUACUGAGCUACUGUUCAGUCACUGGCAAACUUAUUAGUUUCACCAAAAUAUUUUAUGUUACUAUAUCUGCAUGCAGAAAGUUUAAUUUGCUUAAAGUAUUACUGCAAUUCUAAAUAAUUAAUGAAAGUAUUACUCUCACUUAUUCUGUUGGCCUGCAGUCAUAGGUGAAGCAUUUAACAAGCUUACAUGGUGGUCUUGGGCAAGUUCAACCAGAUCGGUAAAGCAUAAAAGUCUGAUAUAACAAAACUUCCCAGUUUUGGUGAGGGAUGCAGGUACUAGAAAAUGUGACCAAACAAGUAAUCUCUUGGCUAAACUUUGGCAUGUUGACAAGGCUCAUAAAAUUUUUGUUGGUGUCAGUGUUGUAAAAGGGCAUUUUUGAGAAAUUAUUUUUUAUGGGUGUGUAAUAUUGUUUCAUGACAUCAUUAAGCCAUAUAGUCUGGAAUCUGCACAACUAUAUUAAGACAAAUCUUUCAUCGAUCUCACUGGCAUUCAUUUUGUUACUGAAAAUUUGUGUGUGUUACGGUUGACCUUUCCCCCUUUUCUCUCUCUACAUUUAAUCACAAUACCUACCUUUAUUACAUUGUGUGUAACAUCAGAAUCUCAAAGCGCUUUAUAUUCAGAUUAACCAUUUGUGGGCCAUUUGCAAAUAGAAUAACGUGUAUAGCCUUUUAGUUUGUAGUUUCUGUAGGUUGUUUAUUUUUAAAGCAGUGCUGCCGAAUUUGUACAGAAAAUUGUCAAGAUUGUUAUUAUUUACACAUUCGAAGUAUGCUUUCACAUUCAAUUUUGGUUAUUUCCCAUUCCAGACAUGCCAUUAUAGUUUCUAAUUAUAGAAAUUUUAGAAUUAUAGAUCAUAAUGUUUUCCACGACUUGCUUUUUUAUUAUUUUAAUUUUAUCAGCACCAGAAGAAUCUGGUGAAAAUAAAGCAUUUAUAUUACAGACAUGAAGAACAGAUAAGAAGUGAAAAAAGUUUAAAUUAGAGAUAAUAUCAAGUGCAGUGUGGUUGAAUCCUUUAGAAAGGGCCUCCAAGGCAUCAGUUGAGUUUGGUCCCUUGUUGGGAGGAAAGAGGAAAGCAAGUGAGGGUGGUGGUGGUGGGAGGAAACUGGAUGAGGGCAGCAUCUACAAUGUGUUAACAUUAAAUAUAUCAAUAUAAAACAUGUUGCUUGGUGGAAAUUAGCACAGGGUUUUGGUCAUCCAAAAAAUGUUUAAAUAAGGGGCAGGACUUAGGCUUAGUUUUACGUGGCUUUGAAGAGCUGUGGGUGACAAGAUUAGUUGUUGAAUGGUGUAGCUCACUGUUAUACAGAUAUAGCAUCUGCUUUUUGUAUGCUUUGCUUGGUAUGUAGGACCUGUACAAAAUGUUUUCCUGAGGUAGAAAAUAAAAGUGCUUAUUCUUUUCUGUUAUAGUUGUGGAAAAAAAUCUUUAUUGUUUGGAGGUUGACUAAAGUUUAGAGGAAGAUAAAGGUUACACCCUUUUUGGUACUGUGUCCUGGCCGCUCUCAGCCAUCUUAACAUGCUGCUUUGCUUUAUAUAUAAUUGUUGCUCUGUAACAUGGAACAAUGCACAAACUUUGCACAUAGACCCAGGCUUCUAACUAGAUGCACUCUCAAGGCUAUAUUUUGCUGGGAAGAUUGUUCAGCAGUUUUUUUAGCUCUGGUGCUUAUGGCUGUUAAUCACCAGAGAUGUUCACUGUGCGCUGUGCUAUUUUGAAGCAAUGUCAGAUUGUAGAGAUGUUUUGUUUUGUAGGGUUUUAUGUUUAUUUUUGAUUUGGGGGUUGGGGUAGGGAUUUGUUGAUGAGUUGUUUAUUUUUUAGCUGAACUAUACCUCUUAUCAUUUAGAGAUCUUUACUGACCACACCACUUUGUAGAGGCUAGUACUUUCUUUGACAUGCUGAUGUGUGACUCUGUGAGCUGUAUUUUUAACUUGACAUGCCAUGACAUUGAGUGCUUGUGUCUUGAGAUUCUGCCAAGUAGCAGCAGCAGCUUCUUGCUUUUUUGAUAUGUUUCUCGUUUAUAGUGUCCAGAAACUCUGGGUCUUGGAAUCUUGAUGAGCUUUAUCAUUAUUUUACUUAAUGUGCAAUGUAGUGAGUGGGGGUUAUUGAGAUACUAAUGGUGUAUUCAUUUUCUUUUUCCUUGUGGUUGGGGAGGAAGUUAUGUGCCAUGCAGUGUGACUGCUAACCUAGAUGCUGACCUAUGGCAUGUUGAAGCAUGCAGAGAUCAAAUCUAUAAUGGUGUGGUGUACUAAUAUAUGUAUAUUAAAUAAAUAAACUUCCUUUUCAUGUGAAACUAUAAUUACAGCUCAUCCCUAUUUUUGUGACACCCAAACUGUAACCACAAACCGUCCUCCUUAUUAUUAUAUAGAAGCUAUAAAUACAUGUGGCACAAAAGUGGUAAACCUAAAUGCCCAAGUUCUAACCUGGAACAUUUCCUGGUGGUUGACUAACCACCAACCACCUGUUUUUAGGAAACUGAGAGAAACUACAAAUCUUCCCUUGUGUUAUGAAAAAUUGUAUAUACAAACCUUCCCUACCUACAUGGAUAAUCAUGUGACGUAGCUAGUGUUAACCUCUUUGCACACAUACAUAUCAGUAUUCUGUGCCUUGUCGCUAGCCUGUAGUGAGAUUGACCCUAUUAUUCGGUUCUUUAGAGAAAGUGUGCAUGCAGGCAGGAUUUUUCAUACUUUGACCUCUCUCCUUUGUUGACCCAUUUUUUUAACUGUCCAUGGUACCAAGGAUUUCUUGCCAGUUAACUGGUCGCAGAAGAUUAGAAGGUGCGAUGGGUAGUGAGAGGGAAAUACUUUCGAUGUAAAGGAGUUGAUGAAAUACACCAGUGACCGUCGCUAUACAAUGCCAGCUGUGUCAGUCUUACCCGUGUCCCUUGAAGUACACUAGGACUUGUGUAAUUGAUAAUUAGUAGGUCUCCUGCCCCCAUUUGUGGAGGGGUGGGUAAAGCAGACACUUCUCCAGAAUGGGAGGAAGCAAACCACGUCGUCGGUAAUGGGAAUUUAAAAUUAAAGCUGAUCUAAUGCUUUAUUAGUGUGUUUGGUUGAUUGUGUGUUGUGUGUGUAAGUUGUGGACAGUAGAAUCAGUCAUGUUUCUCGGGGAGUGUGGUUACACCUCUUAAAUAGCUGAGGCUUCAGAAAUGUUGAAGGUAACAUUCUGACUUACGAAGUUUUCAUGGUAACAUUCUUGCUGAUUAAAUGUUGGAGGGGAUUCCUUGGCUUGAGAAGUUCCAACAUUCUACCUUGCGGUUGUGCAUGCUAACUUGACAUGCAGCAGAUGAGAUAUGGCAGUUUUAUUAAGGAGUGUUGACUAGCAUAAACGAUUGUAAGUGGUAUCCCUGUAUUAACUUUGUCUCUUUCUUUUUUCUUUGUUGUUUGGACGUCUUUGCAUCAUCUAGGAUGUUUGUCGCAUACUUAUAUGGACCAUGUCAUCCUCCAUUCCAUCAAAGAGGUUAGAAUUAACCUCUCAAAAUUCCAAGAACUCUCAUCUUGCACUCAGAUACACUGGUGCUGUGUUUGGUUAAUGGUGAGAAAUAUACUUCCAGAGCUAAGUAGGUAUGAAAUGGUAAUGUCGCACGUGUGAUCUUUAACGAAAACGCUGCCAGGUGCACUUGUAAAUCCAGACUUGCGAUUAUCACACGUGUAUGUGUGUGGGCGUGCAUGCGUGUGGGGCUGUGCACGCAUGCGUUUUAUACACGUAGCGUAUUUGCGUGCGUGUCCGUGUGCUCUUGAUAUGGCUAUGCCAACUCAGAUCUUGCCACAUCGCUGCCAUCCUUAUAUCCUUGUAGACAACAUGGGGCUGAUUUUCUUGUUUAAGAGUAGAAGACGGCGUGCAUACAUACCGUUAGUUGUGUGUUAAUAGGAGAUAAUAAUAAAGGCUGACAGCAUCAGCAUUUGCUUGCGUUGUUGCACACAGAGAUCGGAGCUAUCAACACUGGUAUUCUGUAGAAACGAUGUUGGACAGUACUUUUACAGCAGACAGGCUUCUAAAGCAAUCAAACAGGACUUUGACCAGCCUCCUUCAUCUGGAACAAAAGAAUCGCAAUUUUAUAGUUUCCACCUUUAAAAAUUGAUCUUUAUUCUUUGUACUAGUCUGCGAAUGUGAAAGGCCCGAGUAGUGAGCACCUUCAGGCUUGCGGGUGAUUAAACACGAAAAGUCUGGUUGUCUUGGAGACCAGACUUCACCCCCAACGAGCACACCUGUAAAAUCUUUCCCAAGUACGGUCAAGCGUUAUCUCCAGAACUUUCAUUCCUCGCUUUCUAGCGUACCUACACCUUCCUCUUCAAAGCAUGAAUUUGCCAAGGAGUUGGUGUUAUUUUUCUGAAUUAUCGAUGAAUAUAUUCCUGACUUUAGUCGUACUUUCUACCCUGUUAUUGAGAAGUUUUGUGUUUAGCAAAAUGAGCGCAGUUCAACUGCCUCGGGUGUCACAACAUUCUGUUUAUCUGUGCCCUACAUAGCAAACUGUAUGGUCAGCUAAAUAUGUUAUAUUUCUUGCUCUUAACGCAGAAAUCACUUGCAUAUCAUCCUACACAUCGUUAUUGCAGUGUUAAUACAUGGGUUGGGAUGGUACAUGGUGAUACUAUAUUCAUCGACUAAUGAGAUGGUGCAUGCAAACUGCGUGACACAACACUUGGUGCACAUGCACAUAGAAAAUGUUUUUGAUGAUUUCGUAACGAUUACUGCAAGAUUACAUUUGUGGAAAAGAUCCAUUGUAAAUGAUGGUAAAAUUACAAUGAAAUUGAGACAUUUCCAGUGGACAGUUACAUGGUUUGUAACCAUAGCCCUGACCCCUUCCGACACUUGGAGGUUUGCUGUAGCAGUCUUAAAGGGACUUUAGUGUAGUCGAUAUCUGUUCUCUGAUCUCUGCGCACCAAAUAAAAUUCUAUAAAAAGCC